GAGGAGGGAAAGAAAAGAAUUUAAUCAGAGAGAUCCCUAGUUAUUUCUGACUUCAGAGAUGUCACAUGAGCGAGACAGAAGGGGAUGUGGUCACUGGAAAGCCUCCUCCUCUUCACUACCCCUACCCCACCGAAACAAACAUUUAAGAGCUGCCCUGUGCCCUAUGAACGGCUGUUUGUUCAAUGACUGGUCCUCAUAAAGUGUGUCCCACGGUGUAUUCCUCACCAGCUGCCACAGCAGCCUCUCUGGUGACCAAACUCAUUCCCACCCCUUCUUGGCCAUGGGAGAAAUCAUCCUUCUGGAAACAGGGCUCUUCUCUGGGGACCCUAACCCUGAGGGACCGGCCCUCCUGGCCUUGGAAAGGGCCCGCACCUAGAGGGUAGGGAAAGGGCAGGAAGGACGGCGACGAGCAGGAAAAGCCUUAAAGCGGCUUCCCAUGGGGUGGCGAGGCAAGUCUAAGCUCGGCCGUCUCACCCAGUAGGCCUUGGUGAAGCCCCGGUGGUCCUGAAGGUGCUGCUCACGGCCUGGUCCCGGACCCCGGCAAGCAACUUCACCUGGGAACCUGUUAGAAAUGCAAAUGACCUUGGCCCCACCCAGCCUUCCACCGCCCCGCGCCGCGGAGAUGGGACCCGGCCCUGCGCUUUAACAAGCCGUCCAGGUGCGCCGAGGCAGGGAGAGGAGGAAGGAAUGGCAGAGCGGAAUGGAGAAAGAAGGGCCUCUCCUUUAAGACUGAGUCGACGCCCCCGUGCUGCCCCUUCGCGAGCCCCCUAACAGGCUGCAGUGGGCGGCGGCGCUCAGGUGGGGCUGGGAGGAGGCGGGAGCGCGGGAGGCGGUGGCGGGCGGGCGAGAGGGCCCGGCCCAGGGGAGGGACAGCCGGGACCACGACGGCACCGACGGGGCUCCCAGAGCACCCGAAGGGCCCGCCGGGGCGGCUCCCAUUCCCUCUCCAGCCCGGGCGACCUAAGCGUCGAGCGCCCCGCUCCGCUGGCCCCGGGACUGCGCCGCUGUACCCGCGGGGGCUUGGACUCGGGGCGGCGGGGCGGGAUGCGGGUGGCCGCGCUGGGCGCCGGGCGGGCGCGGGCGGCGGGCCCGGCCUCGGCUCACUGCGGGCGCCCGUUCCGCACAGCCGCGGGGACCCCGGCUCCCGCGCCCCGCGGCAUGAACCUCAGCAGCACGAGCAGCGCGGCCGAGAAGGCGCCCAGGGCCACGCUCUGGGGCUGUGAGCUAAACCAAGAGAAACGGACUUGGACGGUCAAAGCCCAGAAGGAGGGGAAGCAGGACUGUAAGCUGUUGCUCAGUACGAUUUGCUUGGGGGACAAAGCCAAAGAAGAGAUGAACCUCGUGGAAAUCCUGCCCCCAGCCAGCCAAGAAGACAAGAAGACCAAGCCCAUCACCAUCGCCUCGCUUCAGGCGUCUGUGCUACCCAUGGUCGUCCUGAUGGGACUGGAGCUUUCUCCUCCAGUCACUUUCCAGCUCCGGGCUGGCUCUGGACCUGUGUUCCUCAGUGGCCAGGAACUUUACGACACUGCAGACCUGUCCUGGGAGGAAGAGGAGGAGGAGGAGGAGGAGGAGGAAGAAGGUGACAGCAGUGAGGUUGACGACGACGACGACGACGACGUAGAUGUGUCCCUAGAGGAGGAGACCCCUCUUAAACAAGUCAAGAGGCUGGCGUCCCAGAAGCAGACAAGCAUUGCCAAGAAAAAAAAGGUGGAAAAGGAAGAGGAGGCCGUGAGACCCAGGCUUAAAGAAAAGAGUCCUGUGAAAAAGGCCAAACCCACACUCAAACCUAAAAAGCCCGGAUUCAAGAAAUGAGGAGCCAGGAGUGGCCUGGCUGCAGGGACUGCGGGAGAGCCAGCUAGAGCACAUGCGGGGUGGCCUUCCUCGGCGCGUUCCCCAGGUUCCCCCCACCCAGCCUCUCUCCACCUGAGUCUGAAUGGGCUGGAGCUGUUGGGGGCGACACAAGAGGCCCUCACCCCCAACUCUCGAGUUUCAGCAGGACCUGGAGGGAAAAGCUCCAACCUCGGGGCCACAAUAAAGUUUGCUUUGUCAGGACCUUGUUUCUGCCAUCUGUUCCCAGGAGCCGGCCUUCUUGCUGGCUGCAGUGAGCCCGUGUGCCCGGCAGAGGGCGGCCGCGGGCCAGCUGGGUUCUGCUCUGCUCUGCUCUGCUCUGCUCUUUUACCUCCCCUUACCUCCCUCUCUUGUCCUCAAACUCUCACCCACUCCCACUCCCACCCCCCCACCACCCAGCUUCAGGGAAAAAACCAAGUGUCUCAGCCCCUUGCCCAGCUUCAACUUUCUGCUCCUGGCCUGAGGGAGGGAGCUCCAGCUGGUGUGAGUCUUCCUGUGCCCACACUCCCUCGUGGCUGGCCCAUUUGCCACGUGCUGAACCAAGGGGUGAGAGCUGCCCACCCUGCCAGGAAGGUCCUUGGCCCGUCAGACUAGCCUGAGGAUCUUCUCUCCUGGCCCUAAUCACGUCUGUCUGUUGUCCAAUACACAGGACGUCUACUGGAACCCCGGAGGUGGGAUGCUAGUUGUGUGCUCCCAGUCUUGCCUCCUGUUCAGGGUGAGCUCCUGCUCAUUUGUGUGCAGAUCUGUGUCAGGCAAGAGCCCGGAGGCCUGGACCUUCAAGGACACCCUCCCAGGCAGGGCACAUGAGGCAGGCUUUACAGAGGCUCUAGAGGGUCUCUUACAGGAGGUGGACAGGUAAACACUCUUAACUCCCCCGUGAGGCAUCCCCCAGGACAGUUCCUGGAGCCACGGAACAGGGCUCCCCAGGGUGUUCGGGUGAGGCAAAGGGGGACUGGCAAGGGGGUGAACGACCUGGAGCCUGGGUCACCCAUGGUGACACACAGAUGGCCCCCCACUUGGGCUUAUACUUGCAGGGCCUCUGCUGGGCUUCUCCUGGCCCUCCCCCACACCUCCACCAGCCAAAUCUGAAGUGGGCCAAAGGGGAGAUGGCCCUGCCUCUCUCCAGGAUCCGGAGGCAGGGUCCCAGAAGGUGGGCGGUCUGAAUGCCAGCAUGGGAAGGUCCGCAAGCAGGCUUUUGUGUCCGUGUUCAGC